UUUAUGUAUGUAGUGCAUUUACGACAUCGAACAUUCAACGUUCGUAAUUAUUUAUUGCGUAUUACAAACAACUUACUUAGAAGCCUACCGACUUUUAAUUUCCUCACAAGACAUACUCAUCAAUCCCCCCCCCAUUAAACACCCACCCCCAAUCAGCACAAAAUCAAUAAAUUCAGAAAUGUCAGCUCCAACAGAAGCCCAGAUCGCUCAUCAAGAGCUGAUCGACAAGCUCGACAUUCACUCCAUUCACAAGACCUUCCGCAACCCUCACUGGCGCCCGAACCAGCGCCGCAACAAGAACAUCAAGACCAUCCUCGGCGACGCCUCUCGCAAAGAGGCAUCCAUCGUCGCAACCCCCCAAGACAACAGCGGCACCGCCACCCCAGCCCAAGGAGGCGACGACGGUCUUUCCACCAGCGGCUCCUCCACGCCCCUUCAAAAGGAUGCCGCCGGCAACAACAACUCGAACAGCCUACAGCCGAAUCUCGCGCAAGCGUCCCGCAGCCUUUCGAAACUUGUCCUCGAGAAGACGCUACGAUCCGGCGGUACCAGCGGUGGUGCGGGUGCGCCCGUCUCAGCGCCGAGCGCGACCUACACGAACAUCGAGUCGGCCCCAUCCCUAGCACACACGAGGAGAUACUGCGACAUCACUGGUCUCCCAGCCCCCUACUUGGACCCGAAGAGCCGGCUGCGAUAUCACAACAUGGAGGUGUUUGGCUUUAUCCGCACCUUACCGCAAGGCGCGGCUGAGCAGUAUUUGGAGGCAAGAGGCGCCCAUACGAUAUUGAAGUGAAAGAAUCACAUGUAGUCAUUGGGAUUUUUUACGUGUUACACACACAUACACACAUUUCACCAUAAUACGAAGCUACGCUAAACGAUUGUGCUAUAACUACUCUAUCGGGAAUAUUGAACGUAUGGGACUUGGUUGCUGCUUUGCGUAAGGAAUACAAUGCAGUCUCUUAGGAAAAGAGAUCUUGAACUGUUGCUUCCUGAAGCAAGAGAAAUCCGACAAAAUGGAGAAUGUUUGACCACGAAGUCAAGCCUAUCCUAUGCAUCAGUC